GCUUCAGAACCAAGCAUAAUUUUGUAAUUGUUAUUAAUGUAAUUAAUGAAAAAACAAUUGUGUAAUGAUGUCUUUACUUCAACGUCCUCUUGGCUGCCUGUUUCCAUUGCUGAAUGGUUAUUCUUUGUGUGUAUAAAGACUGCUACGUCUACGUGCUCUUUUUUUCUUUCUACGAGGAUGAGUACGGAACGAUUAUAGUAGUUGCUAUUCUUUCCGCUUCUGUCUGCAGUCCCAUUGGUCGACUUCUCUGCUUCGAAGUAGUGGACAGCACAAACGAAGCUGAGAAAAUUGUUUAUGAAUAACAGCGCCCCCUUCCUCUAGGUUAUACUUAAUAAGGAAAUCUCUUCGUCUUGCUCUUGGCUUUUGCUUGCUCCUCCUGUACUGAUGCGGUUACCCCAGGUGCCUCGUAGGGUCAUCGCUGCGCAGUCAUCCGUUGCUAUUUACCUCCUCCGAUUGGCUCGUUUUUGUCCCCAUCGCCUCCUCUACGUACCGGGUAUUCCUCCGCGAGGUCCGUAACAAUAACCGCACAACGAGUAAUGAUAGGACUAUGAAAACUUUAAUCCUAUAUGUCCUGUGCUAUCUUACUCUGGCCCUAUCGUGGAUCUCUGUCUCCAUGUUCUCAACUGCUAAUGCUGCUAGUCAUAACGAGAACCGUCAUCUUAGCGUCACACGCUGCUGCUGGCCAACUAGCAUUCUCUACUGCAGUUCUGAGGUGAAGAUCACAAGCACUAAAGAGUUCAGUUAGAAUUUUCUGCUUCUCUCAUGAAGCUCUACUACUGACAAAAAUGUCCCUUCGUACUUGAUCACAGACCAAAAAGCCCCGAUUUCAGAUAGAUUUGCAUGGAUUAUAGAGCUAUAUACCCUUUACAUGCGUAGUCAUCGCUUACUAUAAUGUACAUUGUGCGGAAUUCACAGGGUGGCUGGUGGAUGGUUCCGUACAGAACAUCGAUCUCAAGUGCAGCACAGAGGAUCCGCGUGGGAAUCAAGCCGGUGGCGCCGUCUCGCGACGGAGUGGGCAGUUAGCAGCAGGCUGGAAAUGGGGGUGGGCCGAAGAGGAGCGCGGAACGUGCAGAGCGCCCUAUGAGGACGGUACGAUUGUGGGCUACGAGCAGACAGACCACACAGGAACAUGGAAGAGGGCCCUGUGGUCAGGGUCGCAGAGGCAUCACAGACAAAACAGCCGUGCUCCCAGCUCCCGUUCUCGAGUGGUAUGACGUUCGAGGCAUGUGGGCAUCGAGCCGUUGGCUCUAGCGACGAACCUCACGAGAACACCUGAACGAGCAAUUCGACCCCACCGAGACAGACAUACGUCGAGGUUGUUCCGUCAGGAAACGUAGGCUGCUUUGGCGGGCAGUACACUAACUUCAUGAAUCACUACAGUAGCAGCAACAGCAACAGCAUAUAUGAUAAUAUCAGCGACAGCAACAACGGCAACCUUCACAAUCAAAGCCACGAUCACCGUAGGCGUCUCGGCAGAUGUGGCAGUAGGAACCUCCAGUAACAACCGCAUUGAGAGCGCAAGUUGAACCGCGCGCGUCUCCUUCGAUGUUCUCGCUCCCCAGUAAUCGCUUGGACCACCAACAUCCCGCUUUAACCAAACAUCUUCAGUGUCUGUUUCAGGGGUAGUAAAAUAGUGAGUCGUUGGGUACCUAAGGAUUUCAUGCAUCCGCAAAAAUCGCCAGUCGAAUCGCAAAUCACGACUGGGAACAGCAAGCACAAGUAACAGGCUGAUUAGUUCGCUCGUCGCUUUAGUCGCUCGUUCGAUCAGACUUCAUCGAGUGCCACAACAGCGGUGAAAGCAAUAACACGGUCGAGUGAGUCUUCGAAACGCAGCUGCAGCUGCAGCUGUGUUCCGUGCGCGUGUGUGUGAGCGUUUGCGUGAAGGCGAUGAUAAUGAGUAAUGUCGUUUUUUCUCUACAAGUGAAUAUACGUAUUUGUGAGGUGUUUGCGUGUGUGCGUGCGAUCCUGCUUGAUGCAGUGCAAGACGACCGCAGGCCGACCGCGACCUCAAGCCCGGCGUCAAGGGCUCGAUGUUGAAGGAUCGACGCUGAGGACGACCAACGUGCAGGUGUUCCAAUCACCGAGUGUUUGGCAGUGCGCGGAAACAGUACAAAGGCACAGUAGACGUCGAACGCCCGUGCUACGUUAUUUUCAAGCGUUUGUUUACUACCAUCACGACGACAACAACAACUAUUUCUCUUGCUAUUGGAAAACCGGUAAUUGCCUCAAUGCUACCGCAAUAUUGAGAAAACUGCUGGCUGAAAAACAUCCUUUUCACUACAAUAACAACAAUGUCAGCGUCUGCUCAUCGAAGUGUGACUAAAGUUAGUCCAUAGUGUAGUGCCGAUAAUUAUUUUGUACGACGCGUGAAGUUCGUCAACGUUUAUCGAAAAGGAGCAACGUUCCGCUAUCGGAUAUGGUAUCGUCAGCGUGGUUUUUGCUUUCUUUUUCCACCGAUUUACCGCCGUCACUAGUGGUAACAAUGACAACCGCUACGGAUCGUGGCAUGCACGUCUGCUAAGCAAACAAAACGCCGCUAGGGCCAGUAAAAGGUAGCGCUCAUGCGACGCGAUGACAGUAGGGGGCCGGAGUUAGCAUUGCGCUCUCAACAACUUCGGCUAGAUAACAAUGGAAACAAUCAUAAUCAAGCACAAAACUCAUAAAAUCCUAACGCAUAAUACAAGCUAUUCGUGGCUGCCUAAUUUUCUAUCAAUUUGCUAAUUGGUGCGCCCUGUCGUUUUGUAAUUAGCUUCCUGCAGCAGUAGUACGUCUACCACGUUUCUGACCCCUUUCUCUGUUCGAAGAUUGAUCUUCUCUAACGGAAAUGUGCGAUAAACUAUACAAGAAAGAAUGGAAGUAAAUAAUAUUCGUAAAGCUAAUUCGUGUUUCAAGUAAGCCAAGCGUCGGACAACAAACACAAAAAAAUAACGAAUGGUCAUUUUGUACGAAGCGAAUAAAAUAACAGUGUCCGACGGAACAACGAGUACCGAACCGAUCAAACGGCCUCUAACAGAGAAACAAUAACAAGCGUAACUAGGAUUUCACACGCGGCCAUCGCUUUCAUUGCGCUAAUGACCGCUAGCUCUAUUGCAACCUCAACGUAUGCCUCAAGCUUUACGUCUGUAACAACGUUGCUUUGUUUGGAACUAUACAACUUGUACAAUUAUUACUUUUACAGACAAAAGGACAGCAGUAGACGAAACGAUUUAAUCAAGCUAAGCGAAGAAUUCGAUUUAACUCGCGUCAAGCCGGUCCUAUUGUACCCGUCCCUACUCUGCCCCCAUCGUUCCUCGUAUAUAUCGUAGUCUAGGUUAAUUCGUCUUGAAACAGUCAUUCCAAAGCAGCCAUUGUUGGUCGUGCUGUAUCAUCCUGCAGUCACGAGAAUACCGAGGUACUGAGAUACGCCGAAGCGAUGCGUACAAGAUCUACUGCUAUUAUGAUAAGACCUUCCUGAAGCCUGUAUGAGGCAGAAGGCCGGAAACAAUGGCCAAAACGGCAGAAGGCCCAGAACAGCGAAAGUAAGAGAAAUAUUUUAUUUGUUCUCGAAGAAGGAAAGCUGAACGCAAAUAGAAUCAUGAAGGGUAGAACAGGCAAACACGAAACACAAAGUAUCACCAUCAGCGUCAACGAAGGUGAUGACGACAGAACGUGCAGCGCUAUUAGUCCACUCCACCAAAGCAACAACAACAACAGCAAUUAAUUUGUUAUUACUACUAUUAUUAUUGCAAAAGUAAAUAACAAUGACAAAAAAUAAGGUUGUGAACCAAUAAUCCCUAUACUCUAUUAGUGAAAGUAAGUAACAACACACACAUAUUUAUAUACAUAUAUAUAUAUAUACAUACGUCGGAAAAGCGUAUGCGUUUACAACAAUCACUCACAGCUUAAAUCAGGAUCGUCACUACUACAGUUUGACGUUAGUUGGUGACCACCCGUGAAUUUCCGUUACGACCGAGACCAGUAGUAACACCUGUAGCAGCUGCAGCAUCACCUGCAUUGCGACCACUGCGAAUACGAAACAGCCCUACAACCUGAUCAGAACCAAGCGGACACAGCCUACGUCAACGCUAGCAGCCCAAAAAAAUAAAGGCGACGUUCAUCGAACUGGGUCAAACCGGAGACCCAGCUAAGACAAACAGCAGCGUCCUAUCUAAAAUGUUCAUCAGUUGUCGUUGAACGCUACCAGCAGCAGCCGUUGCGUAAAACAGAUUACCGUAAUAACACCGUAAUGCUGAAAGCGCAGAGCCAGGAAAACUAGGGAGAGGAUAGGAAAUCAAGGGAACGGACAGCCAAAAACGCCAAACGGUUUCGAACAAUCAGUAUCUGCAUGGUCGUGUAGGACAAAUACAUGCGUCUACGCAUAGAACCGCAUCAAUAUUAGGCUAAGCCGUCAUCAACGAUAAAUUGUUUCAACAUCUAUCUACAGCACAAAGAGGAAGUCGAUCAGAGGAGCGAACCCGACCUACUAUUGAAAUUCUUAGUUCUAAUUAGUAGUACGAUAGCGGAAACUAUUAUUACAGUUAUUGUAAAAGUGCGCAUAUAGACCAUAAUAGUAGCAGAUUGUACGAUCGUCGAUGGAUCGUCAUAUCUUCCUGUGACGGGCCGUCACCCAUUUUAGCGAAACAAACGGAGGCGACAGCAGCAGUGAUGAACAGCCAACAAAAUAAAUAGAAAAAAGAACUGCAAAUCUACAUGUUAACUAUAAUUAGCUAUCAUUAAUAGUACAACCACCGGUGGUAUAAUAACAACGGUCUCUAGGACGGUCACGGCUCUAUACAAUUUUACUAUUACAAUUCUAACCUGCAACUGCUACAACAGUGAGAAGACAUCUAGAAAUUCUCAUCAGUAUAAUUAGAAGUCAGAUAACGCCUGUAGUCACAACCAUUACGAUUUGCCCCAAGGAGCUGAUAAGGAUAAAGCCGGAUAGUAGGCUCGAUGCUGUAGAAACAAAUAAAGAAUCAUGGUGAGAUUCCUCUCUCACCAAAACCCCCGCCUUCCCCCCUAACCUCUAACCUUUUUUUCGCUCGUUGUUGCCGUCUGUCGGCGUGUGCGUGAUUGAUUUGAGUCAUACGAGGCCAAAAACACGGCCAGUCUAUCGUGCCAACGAUCAAUCAAUAAUUGUCGUGGCUUGUCGAUGACACAUAUGUGUAUAUAUAUACACGGGAGAUUAGCCAAUUGAUUGAUAGAUGAGUAGGCCAAUCAAUUAAUUGGUCAGGUUCGUCAGUCAAUAGCCAAAGCUUCCGCGAAGGGCAGCUUCGCCAACGGAACAGAGCUCCAUCCGAAUUAGGUAUAUGGAGCGAGCAAACUGAGAAACCGUGGAAAAUAGAAGACGGAAGAGAAACACAAAGAUGAAGCGAUAACGUACAGGUGUACGUAUAUUAAGCCAGCUAGCAGUUGAGAUCCAUCUGGACGUUGGACAAGGCUACUUGAGAGGUUAGGAUAAGCAGCCAGGGUAAUCAUCAUCAUCACAAAAGUCCUAAUUGUAGCGGCAUAAGGAAAGAUGUAAACCAGCGAGUUCUAGAAUUACUAACAACGGAUCUAUUUAUAAAAGUAAUAACAACAACAAUAAGGCAAACGCUGAUGGCAGCGUCAGCAGCAGGAAGGUGAAGAGUCCGAAUGCCAGCUCACCGUGUUUCUAUUACCGUUAUGAUCAGCACCAUAUGAGUGCGUGUCCAUGCCUCUGCGUGUACGUCGUGUCGCCAUUAUCGCCAGUAGCAACAAUGACUGUGUCGUGAUUUGUCGUUGGCCGCUUUUGGUCAAGUAGCGUUUACUGCUAGUGAUCGUCAUCCGUCGAAUUGUGUAGUUGAGGUGCUUGCUGUGUAUCAUCUGUCGCCAUUGCAAUCAAACGCAGCCUGUGAGUUUUAUUUCAUUUUUGGCUCAAGGCCACUGCAGAAGGGAGAAUGUCACGACGAAAAGAGGCACUCGCACUGGCCACUUCCAGCGCUGCAACAGCCGAAACCAAUCAGGCCUUCGUCACCGAACGCGCCGCCUCGCCUGAAGGACUCAAUAAAGGAUCAGACAACGAGGAUAAUCUGGAAGAGGAACCAGAGGUGAAGAAUUUAAAAUACUGGGCAAGUAAAAUUGGACAUGUAUUUCGGAAGGUUCGGCCAACAAAGAAGCGGCGAAAAACGAGCUAUGGGUCACUAUUUUCGUCCUUAGGUGACAGCGAACUCGAUGAACUCGAAGGUCCGACAGUACACUACAAGCCGGAGGCCAUAGAGACUCUGUGCCAGCUGACUAAGUUCAACCGUAGAGAGCUCCAGCUCAUGUAUAGAGGCUUCAAGCAGGAGUGCCCAUCGGGGAUGGUGAAGGAAGAUACCUUUAAGAUGAUCUACUCACAAUUUUUCCCGAGAGGAGCGGACGCCUCUCAGUAUGCUCAUUUCGUAUUUAACACCUUCGACCAGGACAACACCGGAGCUAUCACAUUUACAGAUUUUGUAAUUGGACUGUCUGUUUUAUCGCGUGGUUCGCUUCAAGAGAAACUUCGCUGGACAUUCAACUUAUACGAUAUUAACGGAGAUGGGUAUAUCACCAAGGAUGAGCUGUCUCGGAUCGUGAAGGCCGUCUACGAUCUGAUGGGCCGAGCAGUUGAGCCGUUGGUGGAAGAACACACGACCCGCGAGCACGUGGAGCGCGUCUUCAACAGACUUGACCUCAACAAGGAUGGGGUCGUCACCAUCGACGAGUUUAUGGACUCGUGUACCAAGGAUGAGAACAUCUCGAAGUCAAUGGCAGUGUUGGAUACAAUCCUGUGAUGUCCUGUGGUUGUUGCGAAAAUGAAUCCUUAUAAUUAUUACUUAAUAAUAUAAUAGCCGUUAUUAUGACGUCGGUUAUUAUUCCCAGUAGUUACACAAUGGUAAGAUGAAGCUCGAGAGAUGCAGCAGCAGCAGCAGCAGCAGCAGCAGCAAGGAAAAUACGUACCGCAAGUAGAGUCAUUACUACUACUACCACUCUCUCUCUUUCUCUCUCUCUCUAUAUAUAUACAUAUAUAUAUACAUAUAUACA